UAGUAGUGGAACCGACGCUCUUCGUCAGUAUAAUAUAUAUAUAAAUUCUAAUAUCGUUCUGCACACGAUACACUACACGCGGCUCGCUCAUUCGUUUCUCGUCUCUCGUCUGCAGUGCUUGCCUGUACCUACCCACCUGUAAUAUCGUACACAACCGCGUUAUAAUAGUACCUAAGUUUACCUAUAUAUAUAUAUAGGUAUAUAUACAUUUUUACAUUUUUACCGUCGUCGUUCGAUUUUAUUUAACUUUUCCGGCCGUGACCAUGGAAGCUUUUUUGAACAAAAAAUAUAAGCUGAACUCUAGCGAAAAGUUCGACGAGUACAUGAAAGCUUUGGGUGUUGGAAUGAUGACCCGCAAAUUAGGUAAUACCGUAUCUCCAGUGGUGGAGUUGACCAAAAGCGAUGAUGGAAAAUUUGUGCUGUCAUCGAACUCGACAUUCAAAAACUCAUCUAUCGCGUUCAAACUCAACGAAGAAUUCGAUGAGGAGACACCCGACGGCCGCAAAGUGAAAUCGAUCAUCACCCAAGACGGAAACAAGCUAGUACACACCCAAAAAUGUGACAAACAUAACGCAACUACGAUCGUUAGAGAAUUCGAGCCCGAUCAAUUAAAAAUGGUUCUGACUGUUGAUGACAUCACUUGUACCAGAAUCUACAAACCAGUCCAAUAAAUAUAUAAUAUAUUACAAUAUGUAUAUUAUAAUGUUAUUCAAUAACUAUAAAAUUCAGAUUUUUUGCAACUUAUCCGAAAUUUUACCUACUAUUUAUUUAUUAUAAUGUUAUACAAGUGAUAAACCACCUAAUUACACGAACUAUAUUUAUUUAAU